GCCGCGGGGUCGGAGCGCGGGAGCGAGCGAGCGAGCAUGGCUUCGUCGUCCGGCAACGACGACGACCUGACCAUCCCCCGGGCCGCCAUCAACAAGAUGAUCAAGGAAACUCUCCCCAACGUGCGCGUGGCCAACGACGCCCGCGAGCUGGUGGUGAACUGCUGCACCGAGUUCAUCCACCUCAUCUCCUCGGAAGCCAACGAGAUCUGCAACAAGUCGGAGAAGAAAACCAUUUCCCCCGAGCAUGUCAUCCAAGCACUAGAAAGUUUGGGUUUUGGCUCCUAUAUCAGUGAGGUAAAAGAAGUCUUACAAGAAUGCAAAACAGUAGCACUAAAAAGAAGAAAGGCCAGUUCUCGUUUGGAAAACCUUGGCAUUCCAGAAGAAGAACUCUUAAGGCAGCAACAGGAGUUAUUUGCAAAAGCUAGACAGCAGCAAGCAGAACUGGCCCAGCAAGAAUGGCUACAGAUGCAACAAGCAGCCCAGCAAGCACAGCUUGCUGCUGCCUCAGCCAGUGCAUCCAAUCAGGCAGGAUCCUCUCAGGAUGAAGAUGAUGAAGAUGACAUUUGAAAUUUACCAGCUGAGUUUCUAUCCCCACUAAGAAAUACUUUUCCUGCACAAAAAAAAACAGUGAAAUGAAUGCUUACCUGUAAUUUUGUAUGCAUCUUGGACUGGUCAUUGGUAUUCUAGGGAUGUCUGCUGUUGUGUGCUGUACAUGUAAAAACUGUCUUUUUGAACUCUUGAAGAGUUAAGGUUCAGUAUCAUAUCAACUUUGGAUUUUUAAUGGUGUAUAUGGAAAUUUUAGAUAGCAGUGCGUCAUUUAUUUGAUCAACAAACAGUGUUAAAAUAAACAACAAGUUUAUAAAAUAUAGUGAGAUUUAUACAGAAGCUCUAAAUCCACAUUUGCAUUUCUUCCCUUUUAACUAAACUGUAAAAUCUUACAUAGAGAAUUUUUAAUUGUUUUUUGUUUUUGGUUUCUUUUUGUGAGGGAGUGGUACAGUUGACACUCUGUUUAUGGGGGGAAAAAGCAAAGAGUUCAGUAUAGCAAAGUCUGGAUUCUUUGUCCUUUUUAAAAUGAGGAUAUAUAUGGCAAUAAAUAUUAUGUGCUCAAAUACCACAUUUGUUACAAAUUUGCAAGUGAUAUGUUUUCACCAACCUAGGGAAAGGUAUGUUUAAUAAAAGUUGUAUACAUUCAAUCUUUUUUUGUAUAAAGGUGAAGAAAAUAAACCCAUGGUUUUACUAUGACAUCUAUUGAGAGUCCUGAACUAAAUGACUAUUUCAUUUAAAAAAAAUGCCCAGUUUAGAGAAUUAAUGAUUCGUGUUAUUUCACUCCAAUUCACUGUUAACUGUUGUUGAUGGUAUUACUUGCAUAGUCCAGAUAUGUUCAUAUCAUUCAACUGUAAAGUUGGAAUUUGGUGAAACAAUUGUUUUAGUUCCGUUGACUUUACUGGGAAUGAUUUAAGUAUUCAAGCCUGUGAAGGCAAAAGUCAAAGUGAAAAGCAUGCUUGCGGUAAGAGGGAUUUCAUUUAACCCUUGGUUUGUCAUUGUUGUCAGCAUAAUGUUAACAUUUUCCGGACUAGGUUACCAAUGGAUUACUAAGAUACCUGGUGAAAGAUGACAUUUUCUUCAUUAAAAUUGGUUAGUUGCAAAUUAUUCAGGUCCAGGAUUAGUUAAGAAAGCAUGCCCCAAGCUUUGUCAGCAGAGCAUGGUAGAGAAAAGAGAAAGUAGUCCUUCUGAUGGGCUUACUUCAAAAGUUAUGUUUAUAUUAAUGGAUGGACAACUGUUCUUUGUGUUGAAAUAAAGCACAGUGUUGUCCAUGAGAGAAUUUUAAUGUGUCACUUGAAGAAAUAUUGGCAUAUCUUCUGGUACACCUUUUUUUGAACAGACUGGAAGAGCCACUUGCAUACUAGUAUAGAUGAAGAGAUCAAGUAGCCAUAUAAGACUGUGUUGUGGUGUUUUUUUUGUUUGUUUGCUUUUUUAAAAAGUAGUAUGCCUUCAAAUAAUUCUCAUCAAAGUUGACUGAACUGUGGGUGCAGCAGGCUGUUUACAUAAUGAUGCGAACAGUGAUGUGCCCAUUUUUAAGUACAAUUGGGAUAUAUUCAGAUCACAACGAAUCACACAAUGGCUUUUGAUUUAAACGUUAGAGAAGUUAAGUUACAUAUUGAAUAAAUUUGAACACUUCCUAAAUGCAGUCGUGGCUCGGAAAGGAAAGAUAAGUUUGAAUGUUUAAGUUAAAAAACAAACAAACAAAGAAUGUUCAUGGCUAUUACAUGAAAUAUUGGACAAGGUUUAACUAAGGGAAGUGCUUUUCUGUAAAGGUUUAAGUACCAAAGGUAGUAAAUCUAGUCUAGUGAAGCAAUGUUAAUGUGCAGUGUUGGCUUUUCUAAUUUGUACUGUAACACCUCUACACUUUCUAUUUUAAAUUAGUUUUUUCCUUAAAAAAAAAAAAAAGAAAAAAAAAAAAAGUAUAUUUUCACACUUUUGUUUCUUCUGAUGCAGAAUUCAGGUUAACAUUUUACUGCAUCUGGUAUGUAUGGUAUAAUAUGUUUGGAUCCUUGUGAGCUUUCUUUCCUUUGGACAUCCUUGUGCUUUUUCAUAUGCUGUAUUCUUCAAGCAAUAAAAUUCUGAUGUGUUUUUAUAAAAUG